AUAGCUGUAAAUGGUUCUCUUCUACUUUGUCCUGCUAAUCAAGCAGAUAGUGGAAAUUAUAUAUGUGAAGCAACAAACGGAAUCGGUCCUCCAUUACAGAAAAAUGCAGAAAUUAUCAUUAAUGGUAAGUGGAAUAUCAUAAACUAAAACCAUUGAACGAGAAAAUUUGGAAAGGAGUAUUUAAAGAUUUUGAGCAGAGGGCGCUUUACUUUCAACAUUAGUGUCUUUGUGAUUCAGAGUAUGUUCGCCAUUUCAGCGAUUUGCGAGUUUAGCGAUAAAGAAAUGGAUUCUAUCAAGACGUCUUAUAUGUUCUCCGAUUCCUUUUAAAAAGUAGUUUACUUUUUAUUUAAUAAUGGCUUUCAUAUUUUUAUAUGCAAGCGCUGUGUUUUUCAUUUUCACUUUGUCAAGUACUUCAUCAGAGGAACUACAUAUUCCAGCCUUUCAGUUUCGUGAUAAUGUUAUGGGUGGUGAGAAAGUAACUGCUACAUGCACAACUACUACUGGUAAUGGAAAUUUGGUGUUUAGAUGGUUGAAAGAUGGAAAAGAAAUCGUCGAAGGAGAAAGAAUAAAAAUAUUAUAUUUUUCGGAUGUAUCUAAUAUAGUUAUACAUCCUGUUAUCGAAGAAGAUACUGGCAAUUAUACAUGUAUUGUUUCUGAUGGAAAGCAAAGGAAUAGUUUUACUGCACUUUUAGAUAUUAAAGUGCCUCCCGAGUGGAAAGACUUACCCACUGAUACAGAAGUAAUAAUGAGUAAAAAUAUUAGUGUAAACUGCGCGGCUUCUGGUAGACCUAAACCAACGGUUUUAUGGUUUAAAUAUAAAGACCAAACUAGAACCGAAAUCGAAGAAAGGAAAUAUUUAGUUAAAAAUGGAAUUUUAAUAAUUCCUCAAGCAACAAAAGAUGAUGAAGGUUAUUAUGAGUGUGAAGCCGGCAACGGAGUUGGAAAAAUACUUAAAAAGAAAAUUUUAAUAUCAGUUCUCUGUAAGUUUGGUAAUAUACAUAUGUAACUCAUGUUUUGUACAGAAUAUAAUCAAGCGCGCUAAUUAAAAAUAUGUUAACCAUUAGUUAAUAGUUGUUCUUUAAUAGCUUACUAACAUUUUAAA